CUGCUCCGCUUCAAAACGGAAGUUGAGUGACGUCAUGUGAAAAGGGUCUAUUGGGAGAUAUUAGCUAAGUGAAACACACCUGUGUCUUUUCACGCGAGAUGCCUUCUCCCAUUCCGGUCGCGCGCCUGUUACCGAAGAACAUCUAUCCUUCAGCGGACAUCUCCACCUGCAGCAGCCCGCUCUUCCAGCUGUCCCAUGGGUCCACCCUGCAGGUGCCCCCCCAGCGGCUGCACGGUAAGACCGGCAGCCGCCUCUGGUCCUCCGUGAUCCACUGGGAGCAGCUGCGCUCUGUGGAAGCCGUUGGCUCCGGAGGCUUCGGCUCCGUCUACAAGGCAGAGUACCUCGGGGAAACGGUAGCGCUGAAGAAAGUAAAGAAGAACACGAAGAACAAGCUGGCCUCCCGGCAGAGUUUCUGGGCGGAGCUGAACGCUGCACAUUUGCACCAUAAAAACGUCGUGCGCGUCAUUGCCGCAAGCACGUGCGUGCCGGCGGGCUUUGAAGAUGAGGGCAGCAUCGGAGCGAUCGUGAUGGAGUUCGUAGGCAGCAGAAAUCUGCAGCAGAUUAUCUACGAGAGCACGGAGGAGCUCGGGGAGGACAGGUGGCUCAAGUACUCCACAGACAUUGUGAAGGGGUUGCGCUUCCUGCAUUCCCACAGUGUUGUGCAUCUAGACAUCAAACCAGCCAAUGUGCUGGUGUCACGUGGAGAAGUGUGCAAAAUAGCUGAUUUUGGAUGUUCCCUGACGCUGGACCGUGACUGCGAAAUAAGCUCCAUCAGCCCCCACCUUAGCCAUGGCUGUGGCACGUACUCGCACCGAGCCCCUGAACUGCUAAAAGGCGAGCAGGUGUCUCCUAAAGCGGACAUAUUCUCUUUGGGGAUCACCAUAUGGCAGCUUCUGACCAGAGAGCCGCCCUAUACGGGUGACAGGCAGCACGUCCUCUAUGCGGUUGUGGCGCACAAUCUGCGGCCGUCUCUGCGCGACCACCCGGUGUUUCUGUCCGCGCAGGGGAAGCGGUGUGCGGAGCUGCUAGGCCGUUGCUGGAGCGCAGAGGUCCGCUGCAGACCCAGCGCCGAGGAUCUACUGCAUCAGCUUGAGCUCCUAAACUGAUAUUUUAUUUUUUAGGACUUUUUCAGACUUCCGCUAGAUGGUUUUGCACAGCAGCGUCCUGAAGGAAUAGCUCAGCUUUCAGUUUGGAUACAAAGCCUCGGACUUCAACAAUUGGGCUAUUUUAAGUCUAUUUCUGCCUUCUAAGAAGUUAUCAACAAACUGUAAGCGUUUUUUACGGUUCCAAAUAUGUUCUGAUUUCUUCUAAGCCACAUAAGUUAUUUUAAAUGUUUUCAUUAAAAUUAUUUUUAUAACUUAAAGUAGUCUCCUUUUAUUGUGGAAUGAAUAUUGCU